UGACAUAGUGCAAACUGUUGGUACCCGCUGUUGAGAUGCCUUCAGACCCAUAAUGUGACUUGCCGUGUUCCAAUUCUCCAAAGAGAACCUACUAUAAUAUGGCAAUUUCUCUCCCACUCAUCGGCUCUUGUAGCAUUUCUUCAAAACUCCUCACGCAUUACUGCAAAAAAAACUAAAAAAAAACUUCAAAUUCUCAAGUUUUCUUCAGAAUGUCCACUGCCCCUUCAGUUCCAGUUCCCCCGCUCGACGCACCCUCAUCUACAGUCCGGGAAUACAUUUCUCACAUCCUUCAUCAUCAUUACGAUGUCCCCAAGGACAAAGCCGAGACCCUGGCCGCGCAAUGGAAAUAUGGUCGCGGAGCAGAGCUCCGAACCUUCGACGUCGAUACGUUUCGCUCGAUCUUCGGUGUUGAGGCUGGCACCUUGUUAUUCGCAUACGUAAUGAAGGAACUGGGUUUAUCGAAAGCCAAUUCCAGCAAAAAGCUCGCUGGCGGAGGAACGCCCCAGCGGGCGGAAAGGGAUAUUUUUGGAUUAACUCCUGGCUUAUCGCUCGUCUAUUUGACCUUGGGCCUCAGUGUGGCCUUUGGUGUUAUAUUGUGGUCUGAGAUGGGGACGGCACGUUUUGAAAAAAUACAGGUCCUGAUUUUCCUGGCUAUGUUUUCGUUUGUUGCCUUUUUGGUCUCGUACCUGGUGUAUUACUUUCCUUUGGGUACAGAUUGA